GCGACAAGCGGCAGCCGCUCGCCCGCCACUUCGCCCGCUCCUCCUUACCACAUUGUGGUGUCGGACGGCGACCAAGCGCGUGCGCCUAAGAUAGUCUGCGUGCGCAACUUCCUGGCCACGCACGAGAGUGACGUCAAGAACAUGCCGGGCGUGGUGGGGCUGACGGCGGUUUGCCGGGACCGCGUGGUGGUGACUGACCGCUGGAACAAAUGCCUCAAGCUCGUCGAUAUUGUCGGCGGCCGCGUGCUCGAUGCCAUGUGUUUCUCGGAGGACGCCGAACCCUGGGACGUGGCCUUGAGAAAGUCAGGAGUGCUGGCCGUCACCUACCCUAAGGAACAGAAAAUUCGCAUGGUAGAUGUUGCCGCUGGAGGCAACCGUUUGCUGUACCGGUCACACUUCACUACGCGUGACGGCUACGCCUCACUGGCCACGUACAGUCCCACCUCCCUGGUAGCCAGCGUGUGUCCACCUUUCGGCAAUCCGAAGGUACACGUCAUCGACUACAUGGGCGUCAUCCUGCGAGCAAUCGACUGCGCCAACGUGGCCUACCCUCGCUGUGUGGACAUGUGUGGAGGUGGUGAGAUAUGCAUCUCUGACUGGACAAACCACGACGUGAAGAUCUUCACAAGGGAGAACACUCUCAAACACACGUACUCGGGGGUCGGUGGGUCAGCGGACACGAUGCUGAAGGCGCCCAUGGGCUUGUGCUGGGACGGCUACGCCAACGUCUUCGUGGUGGACGGCAAGACGGCCAGGCUGCACGUGGUCUCCACGGAGACCGGCCAAUGCUCGGUCAUCUUUUCGUUGGCCGAGGUGUCGGACGCCGAGAUGAAGCUCGUCACUUUCGUCGACGCCUCGCCGGACUUGUGUCAGAGCGAACGGGCAUUAAUCGUUACCACGACAACCGGCGCCAUCCAAGUGUACGAUUUCCAGUUUCGUCGCCGAGGAGCGGUAGACGUUUAACGCGAAAUAUUAUCACACAGAACUGGUGUUCUCAUGCACGAUCUGAAACCGAUUGAUAGACCCUGGCUGGCUCAGCGUGAAGCCUACUAGCCGCCAUAUUGGUGCUCAGAAGGCGGGACUACUUCACAAGGCUGAAUGCCUGCCAAUGUAUUUUUCGUAUUUGACAUACAAUCAGCGUUGCAUGCUUUCUGUUUUCUUGCACUCUUAGGUCUGGUUCAUCUGUCCAUGUUUCAUGCUGGUUUACAUUACAUUGUGAGUUGCAUGGCUGUCCUGAAAUUCUAGGUCAGAGGUCACAUGGUUUCGCUGACGCCGGCUGCUUUGUCAUAUAUUAGUUACUGGCUCGGCGUAAAACAACAAUUCCUUAUCCCCCAACCCCUUCCUCACAACAGCUAGCUGAAAUUUUGUUAUAUCGACAGACCACAUUGUAAAAUAGUUACAUGACUGGUAUGUAGACAAAUUGGUAUAAUCAUGCAUUGGAUAAUGUAUAUCCGGUUGAAAGGCAACGGUUGGUUGCCGAUUUCUCGUCUUCGCCAAAGAAAACAAUUUAGUUGCCGCUUGAAGUCACUGGUCCUUCUGUGAGUAAUCUGUGAUAAUGCGUGUUGCAUUUAAUGCUCUGCCGCUGUUGCCACCACUAUUUCUGUAGUAGAUAUUACAGAUCCUGCAUUUUCCCAGAAUUAUGUAUAAAUGGAAAAGGUUCGAGGUUAUGGGGCUGCUUUUAAUGUGUAAAAGUCAAUCAUAACUUUCUUCCUGUAUCAUGAAGAGCAUGACAGCAAAGCAGAGACAGUGUUUCGCACACGCAGUAAAAAUUUGUGAACGAUUACGAUGAACCGAGUUGUGCAAAAAUAUUUUGUAUACAUUUUUUUGUUAUUAAUGGUGAUACAAUUGUCUUGUCACUGUGGGGUGCUGUGCACUGCAGCAAACUUUGUAUCCCGUUUCACUGUAACACCACAAGAAAUGUGUAGUGCGUUCUGAUUAGUUUUCAUUUUUUCAUGAGCACUACAAUUUCUAUUUCAACGGUUCGAGAAAAAUGUCAGCAGAUAAUUGUUCCACUCGUUUCCAUUAGCUCAUUUUCUCUCAUGGUAUAAACAUUGUGCAUGCGAAGUAUUGGGUGAUUAGGGGUGAAAUCAGACCCAUUUAGCAACCAUGAACAAGAUGGCCUAAUCGAAACUGGUUAAAUGGUUGUUGUGGUGUGAGUGCCAAUCUGAAUAUUGAAGUAUUGCAACUGUUCACGUAUUAUGCACCGUUGUACGCGGUAUCAUUACGAUAUUAUUUCCGUUGAUCAAUAUUUGCUGUAUGCCAACUUUGCUGCUAGUUAUUACUGUAAUUCGCUUGGAAGCUUCCAUUGUGGGGAAUCAAGCGCGUUUCAAAUAAAAUUGUUACUCGGAGAAAGGAGAAUGUUACAAAACAAAAUGAGCUUUCACUAGUACUGUCUUAGACUGAGCAUGGUCGGGCAAACCAUUGUAGGUGCAAAGAGAAAUAAAACUGAUAAUACUCAC